GCGCAGAAGAAGGAGUGUCUGUCUCUGCCCCUCUCCCAUUUUAUUCCUACACUUACUACGCGUUUGACCUCGGCGCAGCGACCCUCCGGCUCCCUUCCCACCAUGCCUGGCGACGAAGGCGAGGCAGCCCAGGAGGCGCGAGGCGCGACGGGCACCAGGUGGCUCAGACCCGCGAGCAUGACGGAGGGCGUCUUCGACAUGCUCCAGGCUCGCGGGAUGGUCAUCACUGUCUACUGGCUGACCCUCCGCAGCGCCGAGCCCCUGCAGGAGGACCACGUCCGGCGGGCGCUCCUGCAUCUCUUGAGGAAGGUGCCGCCCCUGAGGACGUGCUUCCGCCGGCGAGGCGACUGCUUGUGGCUGUGUGAGGUGGACAAGGAGGCCGUCGACUUCCAGGUCGUUGAGGGAGCCGAUCCCAGGCGCGUGACGGAGGACCUGAUGAACCGGGGCUACGCGUCCCACGAGGGCCCCCUGUGGCGCGCCAGGCUGGUCCGCGGGGCCGUCGACGAGGACUGUCCCCUGGAGGAGGUGCGGGCGUCCUUCCCUCACACGAGCCACCUCGUCCUCGGGAACCACCACGGCAUCGCCGACGGAACCUCCAACGCCAGGACCUACAACCUCCUGCUCAGGAUCCUCAAUGACGUCAUCGCCGGUAGGACUAUCGAUGAUCAAGAGCAGCUGGGCGAGAUGGCGAGCAGCGAGGAGUUUCAGGAAAUGGUCAGCGCCAAAUUGCGGGAGCUCGAGAAGGACCCUGAGAACCUCCAGCGCUUGCUGGAGGAGAAAGAGAAAGUCAUGACAAGCGUCCCCCUCCUGCUCCAGUGUUACCCGUCGGUCCAGGGAACACAAGUGAAAACUGAAGUCAUCUUCGAGGAACUGGACGAAGACACGACGCGCAGGUUCUUCCGCAGAUGCAAGAGUGAGGGCGUGUCGGUGGGAAGCGCCUUCACAGCGCUCAUAAAUGGAGCAACCAUCGACCUGGCCAAGAAGGCCGGUCGCACGGACGAAACAUUUACGCUGAACGAGGUGCAUGCGCUGGACGUGCGUCGGUUCCUCUCCGGCGACACCUCGAAGCACCUUGGUAGCCACAUCACGGCUUUCUCUCACGCCGUCGAGGCACCCGCGGCGUGGCGCGAAUCCUUCUGGGACUACGCAAGGACACUCCACCACAGCCUCCACAGGACGGUGAAACAAGACCCCAUGCUAGAAGAAUGCAUCUACAUAGCAAUGGCCGGCGAGGAAGGCGUGGAAGCGAUGCUGGCGACGGUGCCUCCGCCCUCGGAAGACUGCCAGAGCUCUAACUUGAGGAACCUGGACCCCCUCCUCCCCGACGCCCUCGCGGGGGAGCACGUGCAGGCGGUGCGGGUGCUCAGGGGCUCGUCCAACUUCUCCUCGUUCACCUGCCACUUCGUCCACACCUUCCGCGGGAGGUUCGCCUACACCCAGUGCUUCUCGUCGCACAUCAUCACGGAGGACACGGCCAAGGCGCUCACUCGGGCCAUAUUCGACAACCUUCCGGCGUUGUUGUAGUUCGGGCUCGUGACGCCAGGGGGCAAGGGCGAGGCGAAGGAGAGGUGCAUGGGCGGGAUCGCUAAAGGAUGGCUCCGUUGUUCACUUAAAGAAUGAUUCUGUUGUUCGCGUAUAUUAGGUUUCCGUUGUUCAGCUCAAGUGUGAUUCCGUUGUUCAGCUAAAAAAAAAUUCUGUAGUUUAGCUGUUUAGGUUUCUGUUGCUCAUGAUUCUGUUGAUCAGAUGAAGUGAUUUGUGUCUUUUGUAACUGUCAAUCAGUCAACCUAAUAAACACUAUC